ACUUGCUGAACAGACUCAGAGGGCACGAGACCAGGCUGAGCAAGAACAACUCUCGCGCCAGCACGAAACACUCUGGCGCCAGAAAGAAACAGUCCGACGCCAAGAAGCAGAGGCGAAGGCAGCAAGGGAGAGAGCUGCUGCUGCACACACUCAGGAGCAAGAGAGGAAGAAACGCGAAGAAGAGAGCACACAAGGCUACCAAUGGAUCAAACAAGUAUUGCCCGGGUGGCUAUCAUUUUUCUGAUUCCCAGGUUCCCUACUUCUGCGUACAAUAUCCAACUUUGAUUUACGACUCCGAGACAUGACUCCCCCGCAAAGGAUCCAUGUCAACGUUCACUGCUUUUCUGAACUUGGGGUUUCCUUACGCCUCUUUGCCAUGUUUUUUGUGCUCCUGUAGACGCUGUUUUUCCAAUCACCGUUUAUUGUUCGUUGCCACGAUGCCCUAUGUUGGACGAACAUACAUAUGUUGCGAUGUGCUGUAUAAUGCUGGAUCCUUAUACGCGUCACUGUUAACUUGGUGCUGUACUAGUGUUUUCUGCGUUCAAUAGCCUGAGGUAGAUUUACUAUCGAACACCAAAGCACACUGAAUGAAAGCGAUUAAUCGAU